GCCGGUGAGAGGAUAAACAGAGAGAGAGAGAGAGGAGAUGGAGAAGUAUUUUGGAAAUGCGUAUAGGGGAGAUCCAGGAGUGCCGCACGCAGAUGCUGAUAGGUUCGUGAACAUAUGGAUUGGUUCGGUUGCCUUCUCUGCUCUCACUUGGGUCAAUCCUUACAUGUGGCAGCUCUCCAACCAGUUCAAUUAUCAUGAUAAGUGGAUGCUCUUUGAGCAGCAUCACUGGAAAAAAGCAAGGGCAAAGAAGCAGCCUUACGAAUUCAAGUGGAAUAAGAUACCAAAGGAAGUCAGGGACUCGUAUUAUUACAACUGGCCUGUUUACUUCCCUUAGAACAAGCCUCUCUUCCUUGCAAUCUUCUCCUCCAACUUCUUAAGAACAUAACUCUUUAUUGCUUCUCCUUCUGUUGUUACUUUUGUACUUAUGUUGGAUUUUCAACUAUUCUCUGUUUUAUUAUUCUCUCUGGUUUGAAACUCUUUAUGGCAAAAUUGAAAUUACAGAACACAGAAUCUGUCUUAUUGGCAUAUGAUUGUGCAACAAGUUA